AUGUCGUCGUCGCCAAGAUACAAAUGGGUCGCCACAGACCGGUUAAUUCAUGGGAGAAUCGUGAACAAGUUUUUACCUCUGAAGAGACACCCUCAGCUAGGACUUGAAAACACCAACUACUCGAACCUGUAUCCCGGAGACGAAGUUUACGUGUUUGAAGAAACCACAGAUGGACGCUGGUACAGAGGGUACACGUGCUGGCAACCUUUGCCGGAAGACUUCAUCAGCCGUCUGAGCUCGUAUUCCGAGAAACUGCCCGAACAAAAAUUCAAAGUGGUUGUUUUUCCGCAGAAGUUUGCGCAUCUGAAUCGUGAUGAGCAGGUUACCGAUCUGCCCUUUCUAGCAGCCCCUGAGAAGAGCCAAUUCACGUCCCCCAAUACCAAUCCAGAGCUUUCCACGAUGUUCGACCUGACCAAUAGCUGGUCCAAAAACGACAUCUUGGAGCUGAACGGCUCUACCACAACUAAGAUCAGUCGUCCGCCAUUCCCUUAUUUCCGUCUUCAAGACUACGACGUCAUCCAGGAACUUACCCCCAUGCUCUCGCAGCUUGUGUCCCAUGUCUACUCCAUGUAUUCGUUUGGAGAGUUUGAGGUUGCAGUCAGCAUGUCUGAGCUUUACUAUAAACUCGACGAUAUCCGGCUGAGAUUGCAAUACAAACUCACUACUAGGAUAGAAUAUGAACAACUCGUCAAAGACAUGUGUUCCAUGUCGUACAAGAUCGCCAAGUUCAUUUCAUCAAAACACCUAUCCUCUUCAAACCCACAGGUGGAAACGUCAAGUGUUGUUGAUUCGUCCGGGUACGGUAGUGUUUUAUGUCGAGACAUGUACACGGGAAAACUUUAUAAGUAUGGUGAGACGGAUCCUCAACUUCUUGCCACGAUGAGUAUGCUCACCGCUUUGAGUAACAAUUUCCCGAGUGCUAAUGUGUAUCAACUAAAGCUUCUUCCACUUGAGAACAAGAAUUACGAUUCUGUCGACUCCACGAGUGUUCUAGUAGACUUCAAAGAUGCAUUAAGUGACCCUACGGUAAACCCAAACUUUCAAAAUCUUUCAGCGAUGAUGUUUUUGAGAGCCGGUAAAAAUACACUCACUGAACCUUUCAUCUUGAAUAUGGAUCGUGACGAUGUUGUUUCGAUGGACAACAUCUCUGCUGCACUCUUCAACAAUAUCCCUCCCAGUGAAAUUGAUAAUAAUAAAGUGUAUCUGGUAGUGGUAUUAACAGAAACUAUAAAAGUUCAGCUUAUGGCUCCAGAACCUGGUAAAAAUUUUAGGAAACCUUUCAUUCCUUUCUUGACUGGCAGCGAAAACAGACUUUCUCACGUCAAAAAGGGGUUAGCUGCUGGUGUCAUCGAUAUAUCAAGACUUUUCACACGUAAGAAAAAGCAUAAAUUACCAGGAAACUCUCAUCAGUUCAAUGUUGAGCUAUUUGGCUCGUACUUUCCUACAAGACGGAAAGAUAAUUACAAUCCACAAUCGAUGGUUAAUGUUGCUGCUGCACAGAAUGCCGCAGCCUUAGCGAGAAGUGCAAAAAGCGAUGAGAACAAUGGUUGGGGUGAACUGGUUGACAGAAUUAUUGCAGACGCUAAUAAAGGUAUCGCCGUGAAUCCAAGAAUUUUAUCUCUGGCAGUAACUGUUAGAGAGAUUACAGGCGACCAUGGGUUCUCUAGUGUUCUCAAGAACAAUAUGUCAGCUAUUCAAAGCAUCCCAACUUGCUCAUAUGACACUCUCUCGAAUCCAGACGACAGGAUUUACUUGACUUUGGGAAGGACCUCGAUUUGUGGCUUCAAGACGCCGGACACUAAUAUUUCAAGCGUUGCCAUUCAGAUCUCGUCUAGUAAUCCUAAAGUUACCUUCAGAAGUGGUAUAAACGAUGUUCCACGGAAACACUGGAUGUUCGUAUCGGUUAAACCCGAUGAGGUUAUUGGAGAAACAAUCAGAAUCGAUGGGCUGGAAGAAAUGCAAAAUGAUGAAACUUUAAGAAUAUCCGCUUACCUCAAUGGUUUCCUAAUGGCGAAGUCAAAGUUUUACAUCAAGAGAAAUGACAAGAUAAUUCAGUAUGCGAAAAAGUCCGUUUUUCAAUUGAUGUCCACCACUAGCGAGCCUUUGGUUGAUUUGGAGAUUACAACGGAAUACGUCGGCAAGAAGCUUAAUGUGGAGCCAGCUGUUCGCAAUUUCCUUCAUUUCUCAUAUGAUUUCAAAAAGUCCUACUAUGAUUUUGAGAAGGAAUGUUUACAGCUCCUGGCUGAUAUAAAGGCAACGCCUGUCAAAGAGCUCAUCAAAACUUUUGACGCCUUACUCACAAAAUUUUUGGAUGUUUUCUACGUUGCGAACGUUCUUGAAGGACAGAGAUCUUCCGAUGAAUUCAAAAAAGCAUCAUUCACCUCUCUAGCCUACUUUUUGGAUAUGGUCAUUGCUCGUCAAGACAAUUAUAGACACCUGUUCAAUGAUUUUCUCCAAUCCUUCUCUGCACGAAAGUCAGAGCUUCCAGAAGUUGGCGCAAACUUAGUUCUUUUUGCCUCUAAGUUCUUCCGCAACUCUCAUGAAGUGUGGGAUUACGACGGUAGAGCUUUGUGCCGCGUCUCAGUCUACCUAUUCAAACUAGCUGUGCUUCUUUCGAGCCCUCGUGAAAAUGACCUACAAAAAGCACUUAUCGAAUAUUUCGAAGGAAUAUCGUCGUUCUUCCGGUUGAGAAAGGAAUCGUCACUAGUGGAUCAAGUUCUGAUUCUUGACGCUUUUGACGCAUGGAUUUUAGUGUUGUCUUCACAUUGUGAAGCCAAAAUCCUUGUCGACGCUUCCAUUGGAUUGUUUCAAGCAUGUCACGACAAAGAGCGCGCCAACGGUAUUUAUAGGAGGGCUUUGACAGUGAGAGAACAGAAAUUCAUUUCUGCCAAAUACCUAGUUAUGCGCCGCUUGAUUGACGUUGACACUAUAAGAAACAAGUUGCUAAACCCUGAACAAGACGGGCUUUAUCAACAAGAAUUUAUCGCGAAAGUAAUAGAAUGGUCUUUUGAACCAUUUCUGAACUACAGUGGUGAAAACUUGCACUUGACCACCAUCAGACUGGCUAACGGUGUUCUGCUCAGCGUUAUUCGUCAUGCGUCGACAACUGUGAAAAGAAAUUUGAUUAGACUGGUUCCAACGAUUUGCAGGUUCUUUAUUUUGGUCAGAAAGUACUGCAAGGAGAAAGAAUACUUCAAAUAUAGAAGAACUUUUUCAAAGCUUUUCCCCAUCACUUAUCCCUUCGACGAGAUUACGGUUGAUUCUAUUGUACAAGAAGAAAUGGUCGUUGAAGUUUUGAUUGAACUGGGGACUUUAAUAGCCGCUAUCACCGAGAUGGCCGAGCUGAAUUUCAAGGACUCAUUAUCCUUUAUGAAAAUAACCGAAUUGUGUUCAGAGGACGCGGCUUUCAAUUCUGUGUUUUACAUCACACAGUUUGCAAGAGAGGAUCUUUUAACAAUUGUGCACACAGUAAAACUUCUGAUGAAGGGCAAAUUUUUCCCAAACAAAAAAUGGCUCUCCUUGAGUGAGCUAUAUAUCAGAAGUUCUAUUUGUCUGUUCAAGCUAUGUCAAGAAAUUCUUAUAAAAUACAAAAUUCCUGUGGUUGGCUCCGAUGAACCCUUGGACAUCAAAUUGUGGAGUGAGUGGAUAAAAAUAUUGAUAUCACUUGGAAACCAUAUUCCCUCGAACCCGACACUACUUGCCGAGCUUCCUAGAAAGGCCCUUUACUUGAUUGGCGGCAAUUUUAGACGCGAAGUAUCGAAAGUAUUGGAAGAAUGCUGGGACGCACUAGGGCAGGAUACUUCUAGGACUAAAAUUAGGGAGAAUUACGGCAUUACUAGGGCUAAUGGUUAUCAAAACUAUCUGGUACGUGCUGACAAAACUUUCGUUAGAGAGAUUAUGGAUUUUACGUUUCAACGUCAUACCGACGCUCGCAGGGUCGGCGCAAAAAUUAUUUGGGGUACAACAGCCAACUGCUGGUUUGCUUUUGGAAAUUUGGAGCCAGUUAUGCUACAAACCACAUCAGAGCUCUGUUUCGCCCACCAAUCUGGUAAAUUUAUUCCCACCCUACAUGAAUCAGAGAACUAUGUGAAGGCGCUUCUCUACACUAUACGCUUAAAGAAGGAUGACCCAAUGUUCGAUUCUAUUGUAAAGGUUUUAAAACUAGCUCGCGAUUUGCUGACUGUUUUGACUGAAUCUAGCGAGAUUCCGGACGACAAAGAAUUUGAUGAUGACAGAACAGCUCACCAGAUAACCAUUUUUGGAUAUUUGCUGGAGGUAAAGAAACCAGACGAGCUUCACAAGCUUGUCAACGACCUUUUCCUCUACAAUGUAAAGAAGAAAGACAGUGUUCAAGCUGCUCUGAGUUUAGAGUUAUUAGCAAGAACGUACAAUUGGGAUCCCAAUGACAAUCUCCUCCCUGUCGGCUUCCCCGCUUUGCCCGAACAAUCUUCUUUCCAAAGAAGAGAAUACUUGUACAAAGAGGCUGCAAAGUAUUUCCACAAAGGUUUAAAGCUUGAAAAGGCUUUGUCCAUUUACAAAGAACUGGCUCAAGCCUAUGAAAAGAUUAACUAUGAUUUGGUCGGACUGUCUCAAGUCCAUGGAAACAUUUCAAGACUCUAUGGAGAUUUGCAAACGGUUGACAGAUUAGUUCCCACCUAUUUCAAAGUUGCGUUCGCUGGAUUUGGAUUUCCCACUUCCACGAGAAACAAAACCUUCAUUUAUGAAGGCCUUCCUUUCGAGCACAUUACUUCUAUGCAAACCAGACUGUUGGUAUCUCAUCCUGGUUCGAAGAUUGUGGGCACUCAGGAAGAAGCCGAGAAUUUACUAGUGAACCCUCCAAUCGGUAAAUUCAUUCACGUUAUCGCUGUUGAACCAAGAGUUGAGAUAUCCGACGCUUUCACAAACAAAAGCAAGAAAGAAAAUGCCAACAACAAGAUUCGUUUGUAUAUUGAGAACAGAGACUUGAACACAUUCUGCACAUACCGUAUGCUACCGGGAGCUACCACGGCUACCGAUCUGUGGGUUAAAGAAUUAACUUACGAGACUAUAUCAACCUUCCCAACAUUGAUGAAUAGAGCCGAGGUCACGAAUACAAGCACAAAAACUCUCUCCCCUGUUGAGAAUGCUAUCCGGUCAAUGCAGCUGAAGAUACAAGAUCUUACAGGGCUAGAAGACACUUCUUACAAGCUGCUCAAAGAAAAUGGAGAUUACUCGGCCAUUUUCCCAGAGCUAUCGAGAAACAUUAGUGGUACCAUUGAUUCUCCAGUUAACGGAGGUGUUUCUCAAUAUCGGGAAUUUUUCACUCAGGCCAAUGUGGAGGCUUGCGAUGAAAGCCAAUUGAGUCUGUUGCGCUCUACUUUCGACGAACUGGCCAACAUUCUCAACAGGUGUUUGACACUACACGGUAAACUAUGCCACGGCCACAUGCGUAAAUCGCACGAAAUGUUACUGGGCUUGUUUCAGAAGAAUUUUGCCGGCGAGAUCGGGAGAAACAACAUUGUUGUCGGCGAAGGCGACAUCGAAAUGAUGAGCAGAAUCACUUCUAAUACGACUGACACUGCUAGCCAACAACCUUCGGAAGCCACUCAAGACCAUGCGAGUUUGCCCAAGCCGGUCAUGUCGAGCGCACAGUCCGUCAACUCUGUCGGAUCCAGCACACACGGUGCUGGCUCCGAAAAUGCGGAUGUAGUGGCCGCUGAAUCGCUUUCUCAAGCCUCAGCUGCAACAAAGCCUGCAUCCAGAAGUUCGCUUCAAUCUUCGAAACUGAGCAUGUUUCGCAACGGGAUGAACAAGAAAUUUGGUAAAAAUUCUAAGGCUAAGACUAAGACAAACAAUUAA